GCUCAUACUAAUGCGACCGGCGCGCGCGCAGGAAACACAUCCCGGAAGAAUUAGCGCCCCGCCUACUGCAACUUGUUUGCAUUCAAUUUUAUUUGAACUGCCAGUGUGUCCCGCCGUCCUUAUCUAUACGGAACCAAGUUAUCUUUCACCGACAUUAAUACCCGUUUAGGAUUCAGUCGCGCGAACGCGCGUUAAGGCUCGACUGCCAAUGAAAGUGUGGCGAAAUAGUGAAAUCAGUUCGUAUUUAGUAAUAAACUAUGGUUGACGAUUAAACAAAGUGAGGAUCUGUUUAGUCAUCAUGCGGCCGGCGCUGAUCAAAAUGGAGACGACGUUUAUAUUAUUCAGACUACGAGUAUCGAGGGCGACGAAAGCAUUCCUUGAUGCCCUGAGCGAGUCCGGCGCGGCGUGCGUGUCCCGCGCGACCGCCAUCAAGUUUUUACUCGCACGCAAGUUCGAUGUUACGCGCGCACAUGAGCUGUGGAGGCAGCAUGGCGCCACGAGGCGGCGCGAGGGGCUCAACAAGUUCGAGCCGUUUGAAGAUCCGCUCAAGAGCGAAUUGGAGACGGGGAAGUUUACUAUACUGCCAACCCGCGACGCGACGGGCGCAGCCAUCGCGGUGUUCACGGCCAACAAGCACUUCCCCGCGCAGACUACGCACCAGAUUACUUUACAGGGCGUGGUGUACCAGCUGGACGUGGCGCUGCAGAGCGCCGAGACGCAGCGCGCGGGGCUGGUGUUCAUCUACGACAUGACCGACUCCAAGUACACCAACUUCGACUACGACCUGUCGCAGAAGAUCCUCACCAUGCUCAAGGGUGGCUACCCAGCGAAGUUAAAAAAGGUGUUGAUAGUGACGGCGCCGCUCUGGUUCAAGGCGCCCUUCCGCAUCCUUCGGCUGUUCGUGCGCGAGAAGCUGCGCGAGCGCGUGCACACGGUCAGCGCGCCGCAGCUCGGCGCGCACGUGCCGCGCGCCAGCCUGCCGCGCCAGCUGGGCGGCCUCCUGGAGCCCGACCACGCCGCCUGGUUGGAACACUGUAAAAACUGCUACCUAAACAAUCUGCAGAACGCAAAACUAGAAGGCGUUAUAGACGAAUAUGUAAUCAGCAACCACAUACCGCCCGUCAAGCCGCAAAAUGGUAUAAUUGAGCACGAGCCGCGUGACAUGACCAGCGACCACGCGACAAGGAUCGACGACGACUCCGCCAUGCAUAUUAGCGACCGCGACACCCCUCCCUACACCUGCGACCCCAACCCCCUCAGGCACACACACGGCUACAAUGGGGACAUGAAGAGCAGGCAUAUAAACUCCGGUGAUGAGGACGAUUUAGAUAUAAGCACGCGUGGCACGUGGUCAUCGGGUGAGGCGUCUCCGGGGCUGUCUGACGAGGAGUGCGGCGGCGGCGGCGCGGGCGAGACGCCGGCGGCGCUGCUGGCGCGGGUGCGCGCACUGGGCCGCCGCGGCCUGCACGCCGAGUACGAGGAGAUCCGAGCAAGACCCCCGCCUGGCACCUUCCACCACGCCAAAUUGCCGAGUAACCUAGCCAAGAACCGCUACACAGACGUGCUGUGCUUCGACCACUCGCGCGUGUUGCUCUCCCAGACCGAUCCCGACGACCCCACCACAGAUUACAUCAAUGCCAACUACGUCGACGGGUACAAGCAGAAAAAUGCCUUCAUAUGUACGCAGGGACCCCUCCCCAAAACGUUUGGCGACUUCUGGCGCAUGGUGUGGGAGCAAGGCACGCUCGUAAUCGUCAUGACGACACGCGCCGUGGAGCGAGGCCGUGUCAAGUGCGGGCAGUACUUCCCUGUCGCCGUGGACACGCGGGCAGUACAUGGCGGCUUCGCGGUUACUGCUGAGGCCAUUGAACAGGAGGAUGAUUAUACUGUGACGCAUCUGGUGCUCACUGACCUGAGGACAGAGCAGUCGCGGCGGGUGUGGCACGGGCAGUAUACGCGGUGGCCGGACUACGGCGUGCCGGGCGGCGCGGGCGGCACGGGCGGCGGCGGCCGGGCCGCUCCUGUACUGCGUUUCUUGCAGCUAGUUCGUCGUGCUCAAGCUCGAGCGCUUGCUGAACUCGGAGACGCGUGGGCGGGACACAGUAGAGGACCACCCAUAGUGGUGCAUUGUUCUGCCGGAAUCGGUCGCACAGGCACGUUCCUGACGCUGGACAUCUGCGCACUGCGGCUGGCGGCCGAGCGCACGGUGGACGUGCGCGGCACCGUGGAGCGCGUGCGCGCGCAGCGGGCGCAUUCCAUACAGAUGCCCGACCAGUACGUCUUCUGCCAUCUCGCCGUGCUCGAGUACGCGGUGCAAAAUGGUUACUUAGAAUCGGCUGACCUGUCCGGCUUCGACGACGACAACGAGGACGAGUCGGAAUGAAGACUGUCGCACCCUCCCUGCGCCGUGCUGUGAGCGCCGCGCGCACUCAACGCAGACUCGAGUCGCAACUGCGCAGGAUCGAGUCGCGCAAUCCCGUUCUCGAGUCGCUCAGUUGCAAAUCCGAGUCGCACAAUCCCGGUCGUUCAAUCGCGAUUUUAAGCCGCGUAAUCGACAGAGUCGAAUAAAAAUGCCGCGUGAAUGCCACUUGACUGCAAACUUGGCUUCGCUUCGGACGAUCAUACCGUGUCAGAGUUCAAGAAGUGGCCUACACUAUUGUAUUUCCUGUUAGUGUAAAUUUUGAGAGGCACAUGACAGAAUAUUUCGGUUUUCAGAUAUCGCGUAUGUUGUGUACUGCAAAACGUGAGUUUAUAAAAGUGUGGUGCUACUUCGUCCCUCGUAUUUUUGCAAUGUUGCAACAGACUCCGACCGGAUAUGUAGUGGAAUCUUAGCACAAAAGUGAGCUGUGUUCAUUAGAAUUACGUGGAAGUGAACUAUUGUGUGCUCUCAAGGAACUGAAACCGGACUUCAAACUUCAAACCGUUGUGAUAUCGCCAUGGGCGUGUAGCCACGUCUUUUGAUGUAAAAUGGAACCCUGUGAAUCAUGGAACUAUAUCAAAUUGACAAGUAGUAAGAGAUGCCUUACAAUUUGAUUUAUAAAGUCAGUUUGGCGUAGUUCCGAGGUAACUCAGGGUUUGUUGACUGUAUGUACGCCCCAGUUUGGCCAAAUAAAGUUAUAAAGGAUGUACGCGAGUUGCUUGCCUGACGAAAGCAUGGGACUGUGGGACAUAAUGUUCUUCUUACACUAACAGAAUGAGACAGUCCCCGGCUCUAUUCAACGGUGAUCAACUCGAGCGCUGCCUUCUAGCAUAAGUUUUAGUGAUUACAAAAAUAUACAUACGAUUGAGAACGUUCCUUUAGCACGAAUAAGAACUGAACUAGAUCAAUAUUGUAUUUGGAAAGGAAACCUCGUGAAUCGAGUAUUUAUUUUGCAUAUUUAAAAAAAUCUUUGUAACCAAAAAUAUUUCCAUAAUUAUUUAGGGUUUUUUAUUAUGAUUAUUUAUUUAUAAAUGAUGUAUGGCUGUGUGAAGUUUUUCGUCUGUAAUUUAUGUAUUAGUUAUGUAUGUGUAUGUUUAUUUGUUUGGAUAAAUAUUUAGCGGCGCGGUCGUGGUAUGGAUGACUCGCCUGUAGUAGCGCGGGACGAUUUCGGCAAUCGGACAAAAUAAAAUAGUCAUGUGAUUUGAUUUAGUGUUCGAGCACCAAUCCAGGAAGCUCGUGGACUGAAUGUAGGUACUCCCUCUACGCUGAGUUUGUACAAGUGCCACAUCGAGAUGACGUUUCCAUACAUCGUGAGACACAGAGAUCACUUAAAAACAUUACAAUACUACAUUGAUACUACGUGUGGGUGUCACAGACUUCCAGUAGUUCGUAAUUUCCACUCCAUCUACAUCUUCACUUUUGAAUUACAGAAAAAGAGAAACUGUGAAAUGUUGGCUGUUCAAAACAUGAACUUAAUAUUGACAUGCUUGCAUAAGUUGGUGUAGGGAUGACCUGAGUGCCUAGCCAAGAUGCCAAUCGUUUGCGCCGUUGCGAACGAAACAGUAAUGUCUCUCUGUCGCACUAAUAUGGAAGAGAGAUUACCGUUUCGUUCGCUACAGCGCAAACGAUUGGUAUCUUAGCUAGGCCUUCUGAUAAAGCAUACUAAAGGUUAACAUAGAAGCAUCGCUCCGGCCGCGCCCCGCGCUACGCAGCUCAAGAGAGGCUGCGCCGCCUUCCGUGUGUAUAACACAUAACACCAGCGAGUUAUCGAACGUUUGAUACGAUUUUUAUACGCCGAGGUGCUGGUAGAAUUAAAUCAUUCAUGACUCGACAAUCCGGAUUGUCUCCAUGCACUACGCACGAAAACGUGCAGCUGAUGCCUUCAUCCCAGCUACGCACUGUACUAAGCAUCAUCAAGUAAUGUACCUUAAUAAUUAUAUAGAUAGACUGAGUAACGUGUAUCUGAUGUUCCAGAAUUAUAUAGAUAGAAGACCUGGGCUAGGGACGCACUGCAUCUCCAUUUAAAUCGAAUAUUGGUUUUCUUCGCCAACAAUAUAUUAAAUUGCAUUUAGUGAAUCGGAGUAAAAAGUAUUUAUUUUUCCAACGGAAUGCUACAACAUAUCUUUAAAGAGUCGUACGGUUCCUUUAUAACGCGUAUAACCAAAAAGCAAGUUAUUUUAAAAGAAAUAGAAAUGUUUGCCAUAUAGUUAGAGUUCAAAAUUGCGCUGCUAGCUGCUCAACCCAGCGAUAAUAAACAGAUGUGCACUCUAACGACUACGAAUUAGAUUAUAAUUUCCUUUAGCAAUACUAACACGCUUUUCGAUUAUGCGCGUUGUAAUGGUAUCGUACUUAUAUUUUAAAUGGCCGUCCUUUCACGUAACUUACAUAUCGCAGUAGACGUCUUCAUUCAUACUAUGUGGCAACCAAAAUGUUUCAGUCCAACUAACUUAUAUGCUAUAAAAUUAUUCAUAGCAAUAAGGACAACAUUGUCAACCUUAUAUAGCUUGUAAAGCGUUUAAUCAUACCACUUAUAAUGCAUUACUACCUAAACAAAUGAUAAUAGAGUCGGAUCAAGAAUAGUCUGCAGCGGAUUUGAUAGUCCGCGCAGUGCAAGUGUCAUUUAUACGUCAUAAUUUCAUAGAUGUUUGUCGUUUAAAAUAACACGUGCACUGCGUGGGCUAUCAAAUCCUCUGCAGACUUUUCAUGGACUGACUCUAACUGUACAUACCAUGUACUAUUGUCCACACCGUUAACUCACAAUUUUGUAAACCAUAUUGUCAAAACAAUAAUGUCAGUUAACUGAGUCGACGUCAAAUAAAACAUACGCUAUGUAAAUAAAAUAGCACACAAGUUAGUUGUACUCGAAAACGCCUCAGUCCUGUAUCACGUCUAGCAUAGACAAAUCGCCAUUAUUUUUUAAUUAUUGUGUCAUUCAAUAUAAACUUCCUUAUGAAAUGUUUGGAGCAUUAUGAACUUCCAUGUCUUAUAGUAAUUAAUAAACUCUUAUUAUAGUUGUUACUCUGGAGCCACUGUUGAUUCUUGUAUUUGUAAAUAUUUUAUUUUCUGUUUUUAUUCUAAAUUAAAAACCCUUGUGAAAUACGUGUGAAAUAAAAAAAACUUGUAAUAUAUUGAA